AUGGAAAAAGAAGUACAAGAGUUUAAACAAGGAGUUUUAAAUAAACUUGUAACUAAAGACACAAAAACAAUCCUUAAAGAAAUAUUUGAAGAGAGUAAUAAGAAUGACUUAGAUAUUGAAAUUAAUUAUGAUUCAAUAAGAACAUGGAAUGAUUUAGAUGAUGCGAUGAAUAAUCUUAAAAAAACACAUUCAAGACAUUCAAAUAACGGUAAAAUGUUAAAUGAAUGCUUUAUAAGUGUUAAAAAGAUGAUAUUUAGAUAUUUUAGUGUCUAUAAAGGACGAUUAUAUAAAAUAUUUGAUUAA